CGCCGCGCGCGCGGCUAUAUAAACGCCGCGCAGGCCGCGCGCCGCUCCUUUUCGGCGGAAGACGAGGCGGCGCCGGGUGUCGCUCCUGACUCACCGCUGUUCUCUCGCGCCGAGGGACAAGUCGGUCAGGAGGCCGCAGCGCAGCCAUGGCCUUCAAGGACACGGGCAAGACGCCGGUGGAGCCCGAGGUGGCCAUCCACCGCAUCCGCAUCACCCUCACCAGCCGCAACGUGAAGUCGCUGGAGAAGGUUUGCGCCGACCUCAUCCGCGGCGCUAAGGAGAAGAACCUGAAGGUGAAGGGCCCGGUGCGGAUGCCCACCAAGACGCUGCGCAUCACCACCCGGAAGACGCCGUGCGGCGAAGGCUCCAAGACCUGGGACCGCUUCCAGAUGCGCAUCCACAAGCGCCUCAUCGACCUGCACAGCCCGUCGGAGAUCGUGAAGCAGAUCACGUCCAUCAGCAUCGAGCCCGGCGUGGAGGUGGAGGUCACCAUCGCCGACGCCUAGAGUCGCUUUUUUCUAAUAAAAAGUACGAUUUUUCUCAACCCACA